GCCUCCUCGGCUCGAGCUCACUGACGGCGGCGGCGCCUCCGAGGGCCGGCGUUCAGCAGCUCCGACCUGAGGGGAGCAUGCAGUAGGAGACCGGUGCGUCUAGGACCAUCGACAGGCAGGUGUGUCACAGACUCCUCCACCCCCCUCAUAGACUGUCUCCCACCCCUCACAGAGACUUGCCACACCCCCUCACAGACUGUCUCCCCACCCUCCUAACAGACUCUCUCCCAUCCCCCUCAUGGACUCUCCCCCACCUCCCCUUGCAGAGCCUCACCCCACCCCCUUAUAGAGUCUCCCCACCCCCUUCACAAUGCCUCCUUGAACACCCCUCCACACACAACUUCCCCUCACAGUGACUCCUGCAACUUCCCCCACAAUCUCCCGUCACGGUGACUCCUCCACCCCCCCCCCCCCCCCCCACAGACUCUCCCAGCCCCCUCAGACUCCCCUCACAGAGACACCCCCUCACAUAGAGUCCCACAAACGUAUUGUACCCACAGAGAGAAUCCCCUCUGUAGAGUCAACCCCACCAUCACAGGCUCACCAUCGCAAGACCACCACCUCAUUUCCAGACCCAUCCUCACCCUUAGCUCUGGUGAUCCUCCCUCAACUCUUUACAGCAACCCCCUGUGAGAUUCUCCACCCUACUACUAAUCCUCAGCCAGAACAUUCCCCACUCCUCCACGUGCAUUUUUGUUUGCUUACCUUUGUCCUGCCAGGUCGUUUCAGCUCAUUUACCCACAAAACUGAAUAUAGGCUUGCCUUGUAGACCUCACCCAACCCAGUUUGCCAGCCCAUGGUCUGCCCAAACCCCCCAGUCUGCCAGACCACCCCCUAAGGGAAAUCUGUCAGCGGCAGGCAAUGGAGAACAUUCUGGUUUCGAUCAGUGUCCUGGCUGGCGCUGUGGCGGUGUGUGAACUGCUGCGCCAUAUAGCCAAGGAGCUUCUGUGGCCCUGGCAGGGCCGCUCAAAGGGAAAUCUGAGCCGCAGCCCACACUCUGAGCCCCCUAACCUCGAGGUGUUAGUGGAACUCUUCUCCACCCUGCAGCUGUGCAUCUGCACACACGAGCUGCGGCUGCUGGGGAGUUCUGGCCUGCUGGGUUUGAUUCCAGGGCUCACCCUCACUUACCUCGCCACCCUCAUCCACGUCAGCACCUUCGGCAGUGCCACCUGCAACCCGGUGAGCUGCCUUGAGCGCUACCUCUGUGGACAGAGCAACGGGCAGAUAGCAGCCGCCAAGGUGUUGGCACAGCUCACUGCAGCCUCGGUGGCUCGCCGGCUCAUGGAAUUGGUGUGGGCCCUGGACAUGUCGGACCUGCACUGGUAUCACCACCAGCACCAGUACAAAUGUACCUCAGCACUAAACACCACCGCUGAAAACGGGCUGGUUGCCGAGUUCACCUGCGCCUUCACUCUGAGGGCUGCACUUUUCAGAUUUCACUUGCUGAAGCAGAGGUACAAGAUCCAUGUGGUGGCUGCAUUGAUCACAUUCCUCGUAUUUGCAGCUGGAGACCUGACGGGGGCUGUGUUUAACCCAGUGCUGGCUUACUCUAUAACUUUCAACUGCGAAGGAAGUACGUAUCCUGAAUACUGUUUCGUAUACUGGCUUGGACCCUUGAUGGGUGCAAUGACUGCUGUCUUGUUGUUUGAGAGGGAAUCUGGAGAUGGUGCUAAUGCGAGAUUGACAACAGAAGAGGCUAAGGAGAAGAAAUCCUGAAGCAGCAUCCUUGCUGUGCUGGAACUGUACAGCUGAACUGUGGACCAUAUCACCCUCCAGAGAUCUCGAAGGAAAAGGAAGUUAAAUGAUUUUUUUUCUAGUUUCAAACCACAAGGAACUGUAACAAGCAUUGUUAAUCAAUUUAGUGUCAUCUCAAUUUUGGGAGUUAGCAUUUCAGCCAGGACUACUUUUUUGGGGACAAAAAAAAAGCAAUAAUUUAAAAGAAGCUAAGGACAAGUUUUAGUGAUAACAAAGUGUAGCACUGGAUGAACACAGCAGGCCGAGCAGGAAGGCUGACAUUUUGGGAAGUCAGCUUUCCUGCUCCUCUGAUGCUGCUUGGCCUGCUGUGUUCAUCCAGCUCUACACCUUUGUUAUCUCAGACUCUCCAGCAUCUGCAGUUCCUACUAUCAAGAACAAGUUCUAAACACAUUUUAUUGAUUGGCUGAGUGCCUCCCUGUUAGGCCUGAUGUUGGAAUUGACAUGAAUCACACCAAUAGCAGCAGGUGAAGAAUUUACAACUUAAUGUUCGAAGUGAAGCCAUUGCUUUUAUUCAGGCAUCGGUAUUUCACAAGUGGGCACAACUCAAACAGCACCCAUUACUCCUGAAGAAAAACAAUUGCAUCAAAUUAAUGAAGUGCUUAGAAUGAGUAAGAAAACAAGCAACUGAUUUGUCGCAAAUUGUAUGGAUGGCUACCCCAAUAACUUAUUGUUAGGAACUGAUUGUGUAUGCUGGUGGAGAAGGUUGUCUUGGAUUUUAAUGUAGUGAUAGCGAAUGAAUGGUGACAGGAUUCCAAGUGAGCGAGUUGGUGACCUGGAGUUGGGGGAGGGGGUGGUGAUGGUAGUGGAAUCCCACUUCAUGGGGUGGUGUUCCAAGUUUGUUUGGGGCUGUACCAUCUUAGGGGAGAACUUUGGAGCUAUGUUGACAGAAGUUUAACAGUAGAUCAUUUCAUAUGUCUUGAGGCCACUCAUGUCCUACGGGGACAGGGAUCAAAAUAAAGGAGAUUGUAAUAAACAAACUCAUGGCCAUCAAGUGCAUGUGAAUAACAUUUGCUGGUAUCACUAUCUUUGAAGCAUCUAUGGCAUUUGCCAGCUCUGUUGAUGUAGGUUGCUUUAUUAUCUGAGUGAAUUUAUCCUUCAUUGAAGAGCUUUUAACUUCUGAAUAUUGAAUAUUGGGGCAAAGCAGUGAAAAGUUCUCAAAAUGACCACCAGCAUCUCAAAAGACAUAGACCCUCUUUUCUGUCACAAUUUUUAAAGAACUUGAAUGUAUUUUGUUAUCUGAUUAAGUGCAAGGGCGAUCUGAGUUCACAUCCAGAAGUUUAUUUUCCAAUUAGGAUCGUGAAACGUAAAGUUCUUGCAAUGUCACAGCAGGCGAACAGUUUUUCUGUCUCACGCUGAGCCACUGGGCAAUUGCAACCCUGAGCCAUGAAGACAAUGCAAACCCACACCCUCUAUCCUGUAAUGAUUUUGCUUAAAGGAUACAUGUAUGCACUGGUGAGGGAUCAUCGGCUCAGUUUUGUCAGCCAGUCAACACUGACUGUCUAGGCUUGCAGACAAAGGACGAUCACUUGAACAAUGUGCAGGAGGCUUUUUGAUGUGCAGAGCACUAGAGAUCAUCCUUUGGAGGUUGAAGUUGGGGAGAGUUGGUUGGGGGGUUGCGAAAGAUAGGCAGAAAAUUAUUUCUCAAGUAGCAAUAUGAAGAUCUGAUAGCUGUUCUCAGUGAAUGGCGAACUUUACUAUCUGGAAAGGGACUGUGAGUAAGAGUGGGAUAGCAUUGUGAGGUAUUAACCUAAUCUGGAUAAACUGCCUUCCAGGUCCUGAUUUUAUAAUUUACACAGCACAUUCUGAUUAAUAAACAUUCCUUGAAAUUGUGAAGACAUGUUGAUGUAUUAGUAAGAAUAAAUUAUUAUUGAUACAGUU